AUGUCAUCGCCGCAUAGCUUUCUCUUCACUCUUUAUUAUUUGCUGGUCCUUUUGGCCAUCGGUGAUUCAUCCGCGUUCAAACCCCAAAGCCUAAAAACCAUGUUGAACGAAGAGCCACUUAACAUCCGUGCUCCGUGGACACCUGAAGAUUUUUACUGCAUCAACAUAUUGACACCCCCUCCAAACACAAUUUUAGUGCCAUAUUAUCGCGUGUACAUUCGUUGGGUCAAGGAUUCCGACUGUCAUCCCACAAGUAACCUAACCGAUUUCCUGAUAACCUUAUAUUACGACCCCAAGUCAUUCGGAAGUUCUUUGGUGACGUACGGCAGCGAACCCAAGAUCACCUCAAAAUGGUCGCAGCCAAUAGCCUCGAAUGUGGAAUCGGAUGAAUUCUUGUGGACCGUGCCGUUAAUAAAGAGUGACAACGAAUUCGGCGAGAAUGUUAUUAAAAACUCAUCACUGUUUUAUAUCAGGAUCGAAACGAACGCGAUGGUUGACGAACACAUGCGUACUGUCUUCGGAGUCACGGGACCGUUAACGAUAUGGGACACUCCGGGCAAGGAGAACAAAACUCUGUUUGCACCACCGAAAGAAACUUUGAAGGCCCAGGAGUUAAGUAGCUCGAAUGGGAGCAAAGUGAAAAUCGUUAAAAAUAUCAGCCCUUCUUGUUACAUCGUGCUGACCAUAUUAUUUAUGAUCGGGGUGGCUUUUCCAUUUUCUCAAACACUCGAUGGAGAUAGACGCGUGUGA